AACAUGGACUCAUCAGAGGAGACUGGGGGCUCCUCGACAGAAGAGAACUACUUCGUGAACUACACCUUCACUGACCGUUCUCACUCAGGCCGUGUAGCUCAGGGUAUAAUGAAGCUCUGCCUGGAGGAUGAGCUCUUUGCUGAUGUCACGAUCUCAGUGGAAGGCAAGGAAUUCCAGCUACACCGGCUUGUCCUCUCUGCCCAGAGCUGCUUCUUUCGCUCCAUGUUCACUUCCAACCUGAAGGAGGCCCACAAUCGGGUGAUUGAGCUGCAAGAUGUUAGUGAGAGUGUCUUCCAGCUCCUGGUGGACUAUAUUUACCACGGGACUGUAAAACUGAGGGCAGAAGAGUUGCAGGAGACAUAUGAGGUGGCAGAUAUGUACCAACUGACUGCCCUUUUUGAGGAGUGCUCCCGAUUCCUGGCCCGCACAGUGCAGGUGAGGAAUUGUCUUCAGGUUAUGUGGCUGGCAGAUCAACACAGUGAUACAGAGCUCUACACAGCUGCAAAGCACUGCGCCAAGUCACAUUUGUCACAGCUUCAGGACACAGAGGAAUUUCUCAACCUACCUCUCCGCCUGCUGACAGACAUCCUUACAGAUGGUGUUCCCUGUUCACAGAAUCCAACAGUUGCCAUAGAAACUUGGAUAAACUUCAACAAAGAAGAGCGGGCAGGAUUUUCAGAAAUGCUGCGAUCCAGUCUGAAGGAGAUUGGGGAGAAUGUUCACAUCUACCUGAUUGGGAAGGAGUCGUCGCGUACACACUCACUUGCUGUCUCUCUGCAUUGUGCUGAUGAUGACUCAAUCAGUGUGAGUGGCCAAAAUAGCCUGUGCCAUCAGAUCACUGCGGCUUGCAAACAUGGCAGUGACCUCUAUGUUGUAGGGGGAUCCAUUCCACGUCGCAUGUGGAAAUGUAACAAUGCCACCAUAGACUGGGAAUGGUGUGCUCCACUGCCCCGUGACCGGCUCCAGCACACCCUAGUCUCUGUGCCAAGUAAGGAUGCUAUAUACUCACUGGGGGGAAAGACAUUGCAGGAUACUCUCUCCAAUGCUGUCAUAUACUACAAGGUGCGAGACAAUGUGUGGACAGAGACCAACCAGCUGGAGGUAGCUGUUUCUGGGGCUGCAGGUGUCAACCUCAAUGGUAUCAUUUACCUGCUGGGUGGGGAGGAGAACGACCUUGACUUCUUCACCAAGCCCUCCAGGAUCAUUCAGUGCUAUGACACCAAUACAGAGAAGUGCCAUGUGAAGCCUUAUGUAUUGCCUUUUGCAGGGCACAUGCAUGCUGCUGUGCAUAAAGACCUAGUGUUCAUUGUGGCUGAGGGGGACUCCCUGCUGUGCUAUAAUCCCCUCCUUGAUAGCUUCACCCGACUUUGCCUGCCCGAUGCCUGGAGCUCAGUACCAUCCCUCUGGAAAAUUGCCAGUUGUAAUGGCAGCAUCUAUGUCUUUCGGGAUCGCUACAAAAAGGGAGAUGCCAACACCUUCAAACUCAACCCAGCAACCUCUGUGGUGACGGUCACCAGUGGCAUCAAGGUGCUGCUCACGAACCUGCAGUUUGUGCUGGCUUGAGGUGACCGGCCUAUGGACUACACAAUAUGGACAUAAAGCAGCUUAGAGGCACCCAGUCCCCUUACCACUUGCCCCAACAAGACCAGCUCACAGCAUCAUAGAGUGCCCCCUCCUCUUUAGUCCUGCUUGCAGACAAUAUGAGUUUCCUGGAUGUAGGGCUGUUUUCUCUUUCAGUACACUUUCUAAGUUGAUUUACAACAUCUUAUGUCCCAGAUGGACCGAAUAGUGUACUAUGAUCCUCUGAUGUGAAGCUGUGUUUCAAACUGCAGCAGAUAAGCUUAUUAAACCUGAACUAUCCACCACCAGCAAGCCCUAGCAUGAGCAAAUAGGCCUUUUUUCACAGCCUUUUAGGGUAAUAAGCCAGGAGGCUGCAUGUGCUGCUGCCAUUUAGUCACAUCACAGGGCCUGGCCAUCUUGCACAGACACCUCUCCCCAUAAAAAAAAAAAAAAAAAAAACCAACCUCUGUGCCAU